AAGCUUUGCUACAAAACGCGCUUAGCCUCGCUGCAGUUUGUUAGCGGAGUUCGAGCUAAAUGGUAGUGUUGUGAAGAAUAGUUUCGUCGGUGAGAUUUGUGAAAAAGUGCAAAUGUAUGAAGUUAAAUAAGCAUUGCAUUUUACAAACGGCAAAUGUAAAUGCGCUUGUUUAUGUGUUGCAAAAUUGAUAGCUUUCAAAUUUGUGGCCUAAUUAACGUUGCGGCGAAUGCAAUACGUUGUAGCUGCUCGACCGUGAAGCGCGCGCGGAAAGUAUUUGAAAUUAGUGCAAACAAUUUGAAUAUUUGUUGCGUUGAAGCGCGGAAAUUCAAAAUUGAGUAAGAUGCAUUUCCUACAUAGAGGAAAAAGUACACACGAUAAUCAAAAAUUAUAGUGCAUGAAAUUUUGAACGAUAAAAGCAAAUUAUUGAAACUGCGUGCGCUAAAAUACAUUAAUCAAAAUCGUUUAAAGCCACAGAAGUCAGUAGGCAGAAUUUCAAAUUUCAAAAGAGGAAGUUGCUAAUAAACACAGUGCGAAAAAUAAACAACCAUAGUUUUUGCAAAACCAAAAAUAAAUCACUAAGCCAGUGGAAAAGUGGCGAACGAAAGUAACAGCCAUAAAGCUGAAAAACUGAAAAAGUGCAAGUACUAACCGCAAGCAGUCGCCCACUUUAUGCACGCUGCACUACCGCGUGUCUGACGAGUCGUCUCGCCGUUUGCGUGCCGCGCAUUUGCAGUGCGCAGUGCUUUGUUCGGAUAUUUUUGCUACUCAAAAAUACAUAUUUCUGCAACAAAAAGUUCCAACCACACAGCGUGCUAAUUUUUCACUAUUUACGCGCAUUUUGUUUUCUAUCUCUUACCUAUUCAAACUAUUUUCUCUAAUAAUUGCGUCUUAAGCAACGGCUUGCACAUUUUUGGGUGCGUUAAGUGUGUUUUUUUUUUCGUACUACUGUGUCCAACGAUAACGAUGCUGAAAAGUGAAAAUACUAGUUACCGGAUUUUUAGUCUAUGGCCGCUGGCAUUUGCCUCUUUCCUUGCACUGCAGCUGCUCGCCGGCUCCGCCGAAGCCUUCACCAUACUCUCGCCGUUCAGCUACACCUCUUUGAGUUUUAAGAAUCUGCUGAACUCCGUGUUUUUGGCCAGUAAUGCAAAUUUGGCGGGCGGUGGGCGAAAUCUGAAAUCAGACGUACUUGAGGAUGCAUCACUGAUAACGCCGAAAUUGAUACGCAAGUACGGUUACCCAUCAGAGACACAUACAGUGGUCACAAAGGAUGGCUACAUUCUGGAGAUGCAUCGCAUACCCAAACGUGGCGCGCAGCCAGUACUGCUGAUGCAUGGCAUAUUGGACACAUCGGCCACAUGGGUGCUGAUGGGACCGAAAUCGGGGUUGGGUUACAUGCUGUCCGAUCUCGGCUACGACGUCUGGAUGGGCAAUGCGCGUGGUAAUCGCUAUUCGAAAAAUCACACCAGCCUCAAUAGCGAUUACCAGGAAUUCUGGGAUUUCACCUUUCACGAAAUGGGCAAAUACGAUUUGCCGGCCAACAUUGAUUACAUCCUCAGCAAAACAGGUUACGAGCAGCUGCACUACAUAGGACACUCGCAGGGCACUGCAGUCUUUUGGGUGCUAUGUUCUGAGCAACCGUCGUAUACACAAAAAAUCCUAUCGAUGCAUGCGCUGGCUCCCAUUGCAUUCAUUUCUGACAUGAAGAGUCCGCUAUUUCGAACAUUGGUAGUGUUUUUGGACUUUUUAACGGCGGCGACGCGCAUGCUACGCAUUACAGAAUUUAUGCCCAAUACAAAGUUGUUUGUGGACCACACGCAGGUGGUUUGCCACGACAAUGCAAUGACGCAGGACGUCUGUUCGAAUAUCUUAUUCCUGGUGGCCGGUUACAAUUCGGAGCAAUUGAAUAAGACCAUGUUACCAGUCAUGUUGAGUCACACGCCUUCGGGCGCAUCAAUUAAACAACUUGAACACUUCGGACAACUAAUGAAAUCGGGACAUUUCCGAAAAUUCGAUCGCGGCUAUUUGCGUAAUCAACUCGAAUACAAUCGCAUGACACCGCCCGAUUAUGAUCUGUCCAAGGUGAAGGUGCCGGUGGCACUUUACUAUUCGAUGAACGACAUGCUGGUGUCGACGACGGGUGUCGAUCGUUUGGCACGCGAGUUGCCCAAUGUGAUUGACAAAUACCUGGUGCCCAUGGAGAAGUUCAAUCAUUUGGACUUUUUAUGGGCGAUCGAUGUCAAGUCGCUUGUGUACAAUCGCCUUGUAAGGAAUAUUCGACGCGUGGAGAAUUAUAAGCAAAAGCAAACGCUGCAAAUCAAUGCGGGCAUGCAGCAGUUGAGCGCGCAUCUACAACAACAACAUUUACAAUUAUUACAUCAACAGCAACAGCAACAACAGUUGCGGGAACAGCAACAAUUGGAAAAUCAGCAGCAACAACAACAACAAAGAAGCGGAAACUUACGCUCGAGCUCAAAUACGAAUUUCCAUACGUUAUCGAAUGCGAAUUUAAAUUCGAACACAAUUGGCAGCGCCAGUCAGCACAUAAAUAGACGCUUACAUCCGCAUGGUGGGGCCGUACAUUCGGCUUAUGCUUCGAUUUUGCCGAAAUUACCGUCAACAGCUACAGCGCCAUCUCCGAAAGCAACACCAACUCUGUCAAUACCGACGACACUGCCAAUCGCUAACACGAACUCGAAUAGAAAUCAAGAUGUAUCUAUGAUAGAUUCGGAUAUACAUCCCGUUUAUAAACCAGACGGGACAGAGCAUGAAACAACGAACCACGAUAGUGUUAAUGCGAAUAUAGCUUCAGAUUCUAUGUCAGCAUGGCAUGGUACUGAGUCGAAUACAGAUGGCGCGACAACAAUUGUGCCACCUGACUUUUCGGAGAUGCCGAAAAAUUUAGAUGAAGGGAGCGCGUGAGACAAAGCAUAAUUACACUUAGUUAGUCUCUAGUUAACUGUUAACUGUUUUUUUAAGUAAUUUUAUAUGUUCACAACAUGCUACACAAAAUGUAAUAACUUUAAGUUAGUGAUUUCAUCAUUAUUUUCAAAUAAUUUCAUUUCUUCUUAAGUUAUUUUGUAAAUAAUCAUUUAAUUUUAUUAUAUUUUUUAUUUAUGUAUAUUUCAUCGAUUUUAUAUAUAAGAGUGUUUGGAACAAUUGCUUUCAUUUCUCCUUAAAAUUGAAUUUCCUGAUUUAUGAUUUUUAUAAUUAGUUUCCUAAUUGGAAUUUUAAAUGCGUUCAAAGUCCAAAAAGACAAAACAAGUAGUGUACUGUUUGUAUUUUAUUACAUUAUUUUUGCUAUUAUGAAGUUUUUGUUGUUUUAUCUUUAUUUGUUUCUAGUUUGUCUCUUAACACCCGUUGUAUAAUAUAGAAUACAUAUAACGUUUCUUUCAUUUUAAUUUUUCAAAUUGCUCUACACAUUUAAAAAAUAUAACGGAUAUAGGACCGUUGCGUUUUCAGCUCUGUAAUUUAAAUGGUUCCAUUCCGAUUUUCUUAUAAAAACUUAUAUUUGAAAUAAGUACUUAUAUCAUUUAUUUUAUAAACAUUUCAUAGAAUAAAAUAUUAGAAUUAUAAUUAUAAACCGCAAUUAUUGACUGUGAUGACAAACAAUAAACAAACAUGAAAAUAUAUUGAAUGAUACAUAUGUACUAACUAUAUAUAGCAUUUACAUAUAAACAAAUGCCUAUGCAACAGCGAACGUGAAUAACAAUAAUGGCUUAUCAGCUAUCAACUCGUACAUAUAAAUACUUAGAUUAUUCAUAAAUUUGACACAUUAAACAUGGCUACAUAUUUACAUACUACAUUAAUUAGCUAAUUUGCACACAACUUUCGUUUCUUCCGCAUAUGCCAGCCUACUUCACUUCCUCCUCUGUUGAUUGAUUUUUAUUAAAACUGUGAAACUGUGCGGUCUUCAUGCUUUAAUAAAAAUCAAUUGCGUCAUAUUUAAUAAAUAAAAAACAAUUAAAUUAUACAAUGUUUGGUUUCAGCCCCAUUUGUAUUCAUUCUAUGUUUAAUUUUAAUGGAAAAUCGAUACAAAAUGUUAUACCAAAUCCAAAAAUGCUCAUUUUGACUUAGUGAAGCUGACGCACGUGCUCUGUCUAUAUUAUUUAAUAUAUAUUAGAAUAUCGUUUAUAUCAAAGUUGUCAAAAAAUUCACAAGUAACAUGAUAAACUAGAAAAGCUUUGCUCCGUCCGUCUGUCCGUGCAUGCGACCUUAAUUGGGUAAUAGUUUCUGCCAAUACAACAACAUCAGCAGCAAGAUUAGCGAUAAGUUUUAAUUUGACAAAAAGAAUAUCGCCUGAAACAAUAAAUAAAUAAAGAGCAAAAAGAAGCUGGACCAAAAGAUACCAAAUGCUGAACCAAAUACUGAAACUUGAUACUUUGGUUAUCGUCCGUUAUUUCGGACUUUUUCAAGUCCUUGACUUAUAACAAAUUUAUAGCAAUGUUCAUGUCUUCCCGUAAACCGCGUAUAUCGAAUAUUAGGAUUUCUCUACUUUCAAUUGUCUGUUUACCAAAUAUAAAUAUUUGAAAUAUCUUAAUAAGUAUAAUUGUACAUACAUAUAUAAUAUAACUUGCAACCAGUUCAAGAUUAAAAUAGCAACUCUUGAUCUUAUAAAAACAUGUCCCAGUUAAUAAUAAGUUAAAUAUAAAUUUUCAACGGAUUGACUGAACAAGUUA